GUCUCCAAUCGAACGAGCCAGGAACCACCUACACUAACUGGGAUUUCAGAAGCUAUGAAUGGAACAGCGCGGGGAUAUAUAAACACAGCCAUUGAACACGUUGUGGGAAGAUCUCUGUGCAUGUCGCGGCCUAUACGGAAGGUAGUGUAACACAGACCUCUAAACGAGACGGAUCUCGUUCAUCCAUCCACCAUCAGCAACAAGAUCAAGUAAUCAAGGGUGUUCUUUAAGAACGAAGGAACUUUACCUGGAUAAUAUAUUUACAUUACAUCAACAAUCAACAUCUAUGAUCUACCUAUCUAGUCAGUCAGAUGGGUGCUGUCAUCCAUACACUGGGCCUGUGUAGAAGGUAGUUUCAUCUCAAUACGCUAUGGUGUGUGUUUACUGGAGCACAGGUGAGUGUCAUAGUGAUAGUUGCUGCACCCAGAAAGCCAGUCAUUGGGAAAAUCUGGCGAGAGUUUUCUAGCCAAGAUGUUGUCAACGAUACGCUCUCCGCUGGUUGGAGUUAAUACUAGGGAGCUUUACAAGACAAUAAUGUGAUGGAUAGAAUACAGUACUACACAUAGGCGAGGAGUACAUAUAGAAGAUGGUAUGCUGUGGAUGUUCUGAAACCGUGAAUCGAGCUAUUGGAGGGUGUUGGUUUAAUUUGAGAGGUAUGCUGUCAAGGAAUUGAACGUGAAGGCGGGGUGAAUAUAACGACGUCAGAUUGGAGGGUACGCUUCAUAGUCGUUGUUUUUAAAGACGUGUGCUACAUUCCUAUGGAAAUUAGCCCCUGUAGAAUUUAACGCCACAUUUUCCAAGUAUUCAAACUCCUCAUUGAUGUGAUGGGAAGCAUCAUCAUACCUGAACAGUAGCCAGAAUGUGUUGUUAGAUGCUGGAACUGAGCGAGAGUAGUGGGAUACUGAUAUUUUUACUCGCAAACACCCACUGAAACAUCAUCUAGAGAGACAUGGCGUCUUCAAGGGAUGUCAGCUGUGUUCGGCUGGUGAGCCUUGUUGUGAUUCUUCUCACGGGUUGUGCAACCUUUACCACAAACAGACUACCCACUGCACGAAUCGUGGUUCACGUGUCUAAGCGAAGAGCUGAAUUCUGGGAGCCAUGGGAGGUGAACAAACGGGUCUGUCCACCGUCUUUGUGCACGUUUUCCGACCCCCGGGCAGAUGGGGGAGAGGCGCAGUCCCAAAGGCCGAGGGGCACAGCGGGCACUCCGUUCUACCAGGGGGACAUCGUCCUGAAGAAGGAUGACGAGAACUUCAUCUACCCCGACUCCCGGAGACGGAGGAAACGCGCCACAAUGAGGUUACGGAACAAGCUGUGGAAGGAUGCCAUCAUCCCCUACAAAAUGGAUGAAGGAAUAAGUGCCGCCUCCAAGAACGUGAUCGAGCGUGCCAUCAAACAGAUUGAGUUGAACACGUGCAUCAAGUUUAAGAAAAAGACAGCUAAAGACAAGGAUUACGUGCGUUACAUCAGUGAACCUGGUUGCUGGUCAAACGUUGGGAAAAGAGGCGGAGCACAACUUAUCAGCAUUGGGAGAGGCUGUGAAAAUGUCGGCACUGCUAUCCACGAAACUAGUCAUGCUUUGGGCGUCUGGCACGAACAGGCACGACCCGACCGAGACGAAUACAUCAAAGUUGUGGAGGAAAAUAUCUCCCCCAAGUUCCUUCCUGAUUUUAAAAAGCUCAGCAAGAGGCUGGCAACGUCAAGAGGCUUUCCUUACGACUACUCCAGCAUCAUGCAUUAUAACAAGUGGGCCUUCACGCGGAUGGGGGAACCCACAAUCAAGGUGAUAGGUAUCGGGAAGAAGAUGAACCUGAAGAUUGGUCAGAGACGAGGCCUGAGUACCAUCGACAUAGCACAGCUGAGGGCCAUGUACCACUGUAACGACAAGGAGGACAGCGCUGUCACGUUUUGUCCAAAGAAUUGGGCGAAGUUCAAGACAAGCUGCUACAAGCUUCACGACAGGCCCAGACACCAGUUCUCUGCCGCGUAUAAGGAGUGCCAGACUGACAAUGCCUAUCUGACAAGCAUAGAAACCAAAGGGGAAGAGCGGUUCCUGGAGAAGCUCGUCAACAAGAAGUUCCCCAGGGUCUUCAUCUGGAGAACCGGUGGUAAGACGGUCAACGGGUCGAUGGUGUGGUACAAGGGCGACAAGGCGAAGCCGAAGAAGAUGACGUACACGAACUGGGGCAAAGGCAUGCCGAGCACCUACACCUCCAUGGCGUUAGUGAAGGACAGGAACACCAAGAAGUUCCUCUGGCAGGGAGUGUGGACCGGCUCGGUUUUACAGCUUCCCAAGUACAUAUACCCCUUUAUUUGCGAAAAACGGGCCAGAAGAAAGUGCGUGAAGGGUCGAAACAAGGACGGUCGCGACUACAGAGGCAAACUUGACCACACCCUGGACGGCAUCACGUGUCAGAAAUGGUCUGAGCAGUACCCCCACAGCCACAAACUCAAGCCUAAGACAUCAGGGGGACAGGAGGACAGUGACGGGCUGGGAGACCACAACCACUGCCGGAACCCUAGCGGCAUGAGGCGGAAGAAGCCAUGGUGCUUCACCACGAAGUCCAGGAAACAAUGGCAAUACUGUGAUGUCACUAUAUGUUCAAAGAAAAAGGAGAAAAAUGAAGUUAAUCCCAGAAAUAAACCCAAACCUACCAGGAAACCUGCUCAACGACGUCGACCGACUCAAAGGCCAAGGCAAAGGUCAAGGACGAACCAGCGUCGCCGCCCAGAAAGCAGACGACAGGGUUCAAGUCAGAGAACUGUGUCUAGACCUACUCAAAGAGUUCAACCCAAAGCGAAAAGGGAGGGAGGGGUUAAUCCAAAUAAACCUGGUCGGAACAGCAAACCUAAAAGUGAUCGGAAUUCAAAUAGGAGGAAUCAACGCCCGGGAAAAUGAGCCCGAGCUUGAAUUAAACUCUGUUAUGUGGUUGAGCCUCACACUUCAGCAUUACGUCGUCGACAUUCUUCGGUGCUUCCGUGAGACUGAUGUGCUUUUAAACGUCUCAGGAACACAUGCAUUUAAGACCGAUCUCAAGGUGUUUGUGAAGACUGUGUUAAGAGCGACUGAUGCGAUGUUAAGCAUUCUGCUCAACAACCGUGUGAUAUGUUGUGUGAGAUUCAUUGUACAGGAUUUAUUGAGAACUUCUACAUCAGCUCAUUGGAAAGUAUCCAACAAUAGGUCGAAAGAAUCUUCGGAUCUGAUGUCUGUGGGUACUAAGUACUACAUUUAAAAGAAGAGUCUUGUGAUUUACGUAACUGAUUGUUUCGAUAGUGAAAUUAAUAGAGUCACCAACCCCUACUUAGGCAUAAUGAUGGAGGUGAGGUUAUGUCCCGUGGAGUGAAAUGGGGUUUAACGUCGCUAUAUAUUUUUAUAUAGCAUUUAUAUGAGCAUGCGUGUGUGCGUGUACCUAUGCGUGUCCGGACUAAUGCUGGCUUUAUAGUACCAGCCCACUGGGAUAC